GAGGGCGGGAUGCGCUGACUGGCUGGCAAGUGCUGCGAAGGCAAAGGCGUGGAGCCGGUUCCGGCGGCCGGCUUUAGUAAGUGCAGCGCGGCUUGGUUGCAUCAGCUGAAGCGUGGCUGGUGCCCCCGCGAGUUGAGGAGGAAGCCGCGGCGGGUCUCGGCAGCAUGAGGCUGUUUGUCAGCGAAGGCAGCCCCGGCGGGCUCAAGGUGCUGGCGGCAGCCAAGGCCACCGACACUCCGGUAGAGCUGCAGUGGGUUCCGCAUGACGCUUCUGUGGUUCCGUUCCUCACCCUUCCACGGGUGCCAGCCCUGCUGUUGGAAGGAGGGGCCUUCAUGUUCUCCCCAAAUGCAAUUUGCCUGUACUUCUUCUUUUCGUCCGGAAAAGAAGCAAGCAAUUUUACCCAGGCACAGAGAAAUUUUUCCAUUCAGUUGUUGGAGUGGGAAGCAACUGAGCUGCAGCCUGCUGUGUCUGUUGCCUUGUAUCACCAUGUGGUGCAAGGAAAGAAAGGAGAAGACGUUUUGGGGAUCGUCCGGCAGCCACUAAACUACAUUGAUCAGACGCUUACCAAGAAGAACACUCCUUACCUUAAUGGGGAUGCCGAGUCAACAGUUGACAUUGUCUUCUGGGGAGCCCUCUUCCCUCUGUUACAGGAUGGAACCGUAUUGCCAGAUGACCUGAAAGUCCUGAGGAACUGGUUCCAGAACAUGAGCCUGAAGGAGCACUGCAAGAAGACUGUCGAAACUGUGUGGACACGCAAAGGAGUACAGGAGCUGAAGGCCCACCUGCAGAAGCAGUCUGGUCCCUCCCUGGCCUUUGAGAAGCCUGCUACAGAUGAGCCGAAGGAGGAGGAACCUCUUCAGCGCCUGUCUGAGGAGGAAAUUGCAGCGGUCGCUGAAGUCUGGAGCAGAGGGACAGCUGCCCUUCCCAAGCCUUGGAAGCCGCAGCAGCCCGUGGUGCCCGUGGAAGGCAUGAGGAAUGUGCUGAUCACUAGCGCGCUGCCCUAUGUGAACAACGUGCCCCACCUUGGGAACAUCAUUGGUUGUGUCCUCAGUGCAGACACCUUUGCUAGGUACAGCCGGCUGCGCAACUGGAACACGCUGUACUUGUGCGGCACCGAUGAAUACGGCACUGCCACAGAGACAAAGGCCAUGGAGGAGGGGCUGAGCCCCCAGCAGAUCUGUGACAAGUACCACGUCGUCCAUGCCCAGAUCUACCAGUGGUUCAACAUCUCCUUCGACUACUUUGGACGCACCACGACGCCCCAGCAGACCAGGAUAGCCCAGGGCAUCUUCCAGCAGCUGCUGGAGCACAAUUACCUGCUGACGGAGACAGUGGACCAGCUCAAGUGUGAGCACUGUGACCGGUUCCUGGCUGACCGCUUUGUGGAAGGUGUCUGCCCUUUCUGCAACUAUGAAGAAGCCCGUGGGGACCAGUGUGACAAAUGUGGGAAAUUAAUCAAUGCCACUGAACUGAAGAAACCUCUGUGCAAAGUCUGUCAGAGGACUCCAGUGGUGAAGCCCUCCCAGCACCUCUUCCUGGACCUGCCCAGGCUUGAAGACCGCCUGGAGAAGUGGCUGACCUUGUCCCAGUCCACUGGGGACUGGACCCCCAACGCCAAGUUCAUCAGCCGUGCCUGGAUCCGCGAUGGGCUCAAGCCUCGUUGCAUUACGCGUGACCUGAAGUGGGGCACACCAGUCCCGUUGGAUGGGUUCCAUGACAAGGUUGAACUGUACAACUUCAUGCGUCGUGUUCCCUUGCUCGUUGCUGGGCACCGGGGAAAACUAUACCUUGAAUACUUGAAUUACGAAGACGGCAAAUUCUCCAAGAGCCGUGGCAUCGGGGUCUUUGGGGACAUGGCCAAAGACACGGGCAUCCCGGCAGACAUCUGGCGCUUCUACCUGCUCUUCGUUCGGCCAGAGAGCCAGGACAGCGCCUUCUCGUGGAAUGACCUCAUGCUCAAAAACAAUUCGGAGCUGCUCAACAACCUGGGCAAUUUUGUCAACAGAGGAAACCGGAAGCAGGGAAUCUGUUGGGCGGUUUUAUGGAGCGUCGUGUUCCCUUGCUCGUUGCUGGGCACCGGGGAAAACUAUACCUUGGUCAGCCACCUCAUUGCAACAGAAUACUUGAAUUACGAAGACGGCAAAUUCUCCAAGAGCCGUGGCGUCGGGGUCUUUGGGGACAUGGCCAAGGACACGGGCAUCCCGGCAGACAUCUGGCGCUUCUACCUGCUCUUCGUUCGGCCAGAGAGCCAGGACAGCGCCUUCUCGUGGAAUGACCUCAUGCUCAAAAACAAUUCGGAGCUGCUCAACAACCUGGGCAAUUUUGUCAACAGAGCUGGAUCCUUUGUGUGUAAGUUCUUCGGAGGACGUGUCCCCGACAUGGAGCUGAACCAGGACGACAAGCGCCUGCUGGCUCACAUCACUCUGGAACUGCGGCAGUACAAUCAGUUGCUGGAGAAGGUUCGGAUCCGUGAUGCCCUGCGCAGCAUCCUGAGCAUCUCUCGCCAUGGCAACCAGUAUCUCCAGGUCAACGAACCCUGGAAACGCAUCAAGGGCAAUGAUGCAGAGAGGAAGCGGGCGGGCACCGUGAUCGGCGUGGCCGUCAACAUCGCCGCCCUGCUGUCAGUCAUGGUCCAGCCGUACAUGCCCAGCGUGAGCACUGCCAUCCAAGGGCAGUUCUGCAUUCCUCACAACGUUGUGACAAAUGACUUUGUCUGUACCUUGCCGGCUGGGCACCAGAUUGGAACGGUGACACCCCUCUUCCAGAAGCUGGAGAGCGAGCAAAUUGAAAACCUGCGGAAGCGCUUUGGCGGCGGCCAGCUUGAAGACUUCCUGUUGAAGCCAAAGCAAAAAAAUGUAACAGUAGCAGAAAAGGGAGUGAAGGUGCUUCAGGAAGAAGUCACCAAGCAGGAUAACUACGUGCGGCAGCUGAAAGCCCAAAAAGCCGAGAAGAAACAAAUCGAUGCUGCGGUUUCAAAGUUAACGGAACUGCAGAAGCAGCUCUGCUCGGCUGACGGAAAGAAUCCUGCCCCCCAGGCCCCCAAGGGGAAAGGGAAGAAAUGAGUGCGUGUGUGUAGCGUCUCACGCCAAGAGAUUUUUAGUCCCUUCUUGCCCUGUAUUUAAGUACCCCAUGGGAGUUUAACACCACUCUGCUGUUUUUGAUGUGUCCCUCUUCUCCUAUUUUGUAAUAUGUGGGACAGACUGGUUCGGCACUCUUUGAAGUUUACCUGGUGAGAAAUAAAUACUUUAUUGCUUAAUUAUACGGGCAGUACAAAAGCUAUUACUCGAGGUGGACGUACAUGCAAGUCUCCCCCCCCCACACACACACACAAAGUUAAUAAAGUGGUCCAGCUGAAGAGGUCCUCACCCCAGAGCCAACAGGCCUAAAACCAUCAAAUCUGGUAGGUCGGAACGAGCACCAGCAUCAUUGUUCAGCACAUGUGAGCUUCGCAGUCGCUUCACGGUUCAGUUCUGCGAAGCAAGCCCUCGCCAGACCCAAGUUAAAAAGCAAUCUGUCAAACAUCCAGUGCAAGCUGAUAUUAUCCAGAUCGGGUCCAGUC